ACGAGGCGUUUUGAGGGAGACACAGGCGCUGCGCCCACUAACGCUGCACCCUAGUUAGGGCCCACCGGAGGAUUUGAGACGCGGCCCGAGAGACAGAAACCCGCUGCUGCGCUUCAUUAGAGCCUCGGUGGGUCUCCAUCAUUCAUCCGAACCACAGACCCGAUACCGAGCGCACGGAACCGGCGGAUGGACGAAACGCUCGCGCUCUGACGGCGGAAGCUCCACUCGUUCAUCUUCGGCUCGGUUCGGCGCUCCAAUCGCUGUUCGAUUGCUCGCUAUUGUUCGGAUGCGCGACGCUGGGAAUCAAAGAGCCCGAUCGAUUCCCGACCGAACAUGAGUUCUGCUCUCCGCUGGGUUUUAUCGCUGUGCUUCAUCAUCACCAUCAUCGUCAUUCAGCGUGGGGCUCCGUUCCAGGUGGCUUUGCAGGAUGACCACCGGAUGCUGCUGUCGCUGGAUGCUGAUGACGUGAGGCCUGAUGCAUCCGUGUAUUCGGUGCGUGUUUCCGGAGAGCCGCACACGCACACGCUACUGUUCACGCGACCCGCCGACGGUCAGACGCUGCCGCAUCCGCUCCAGUUCAACGCCUCGUACCACGGCCUGUGCUACUCCAUCAGUCUGAUGCUCGGGAACGACAGCAGCGCAUCCAGAGCCGUCAGAACCGUCCCUGUGCUCACCAAGCCUCUUCCUCUAGACAGCAUUGAGAUGUCUGAUUACAGUCCGGCUCCAGAGACCGGCGUGGUGUUUCAGAUCCGUUCUCCCGACAGGAACAUCUACACGAGAGUAAACAUCAGCUACAUGGAGGGCCGACAGCCACACUACAUGCUGUAUAAAGAUUUCCUCAAAGGGAAGACGGUGUUCAAGCACUGGCUGUCGGGCACGUGUUACACCAACAUCAGCUUCCAGCUGGUCUCAGAGGCCACAGUCAACAGGAGCACGCUGGUGAGCCACAGCGACGUUACCCAUGAGCCCCUGCGCCACCGCACCGUCCCGAAUCCUCCUCUCAACGUGUCGCUCAAAAUCAUCCACCUCAGCGGUCGAGGAGCGUCCCACAAUGCAUCAGUCCUCCGGCAGGCACGUGACGUCCCUGCGGCUGAAGAACAGGAAGAGGAAGUGAACGGUGUGGAGAUGAGCGUCACGCAGACGCCACUAAACAACGUCACCGUUUAUAGCAGCACAGCCGAACCCAACAUCACUGAGCCGCUGUGGGCGGAGCCGACAGGAAGCCCCGCCCCCACCGAGGAGGAGGAGGAGGAGUUUGUGAACGCGCUGGUGCCAGAAUAUGAGGAAUCUAAUGAGCCGGGGUCAGCGAUGGAUGUGACCUUUGAACCCAGUGUGAUGCCCAAGCCACUGCUGCCCAUCCUGCUGGAGCUGCGCUGGUUACCGCCGCGGCCACCCUCCGCUUACGACGGAUUCAACAUCUACAUCCACCGCGACGGAAACGCCACAGAAACGGCGACGGUGGAUGAGAACACACACGAGUUCUUCACCGAGCUCUCAGAAGCAGGAACGUAUGGCGUUCACGUCACAACGCUCAGUUCGUCUGGAGACUGCGAGGCCCGAGAGAGUUUAGCCGACACUGGAUUCACCUUCUACCUCAGUACGAGCGUGUGUGUGUGUGAGAACAUCACCAGUGACAUCAUCAGCAGCCUGACCCCCGGCGCUCAGUACAGAGUGAUGGUUUAUCACACGAACGGGCCGCUGGUUAGUCCCGCGUCCGAGCCGGUCAUCAUCGACAUCGAGCCGACAGGUGUGCGUGAUCUGGUGGUUUAUCCGCUCAGUCCCAGUGCUGUCAUCCUCAGCUGGCAGCGGCCGUAUAACGUGGCCUUCAGAAAAUACGUUCUGCAGACCUUCUUCUUCAACUCGGCCACGCAGACGUCUCAGUGGACCACUUACUACGAGAUCGCCGCCACCGCGUCCGUCAUCGCCUCUGUGAGAGUGACGGAUCUGUUGCCGGCCUGGUUCUAUAACUUCCGUGUGACGAUGGUGACGUGGGGCGAUCCUCCGCUGAGCUGCUGCGAUGCUUCUACCGUCAGCUUCGUCACAGCUCCUGAAGCUCCUCACAUCUCGUCGGUGGAUUACGCUCACGGGACGCUGUUCGUGCGCUGGACUUACGGCGAUCUGUUCACUGAUCUCUCGCAUUCGCGGAUGCUACACUGGCAGCUGACGGCUGAAGGGAAGAAGGGUGCGAGGAGACGCUACUCCAUCGACGUGACUCGCAACAUGAUGAAGGCAUCUCUGACUCUUCCUCCCGGAGACAUCUACAACCUGACCGUCUCCGCCUGCACCGAGAGGAGCCGCAACACGUCUGCGCCGCACAUCAUCAAACUCGAACCGGCUCCUCCGAAGUCUCUGUACGCACUAAACGCCACCGACGCGGCCGUCACGCUGCUCUGGACGGAGGACGGCGUCGUGGACUUUUACCAGAUCGUCUGCAGACCGCUGCGAGUCAACAGAGAGAGCAAAAAGGUGCGAGAGCCGCUGCUGACCGCCGCUCAUGUUGUGACCGUAUCUGGACUGCAGCCGUCCACUUCAUAUAACUGUACCGUGAUCAGCAGCAGCUACAGCAGCGUCAGUGACCCGGCGUACAUCACCGUCAGCACGACCGUGCGCGAGAUGAACCCGAGUGUGGCGGCGAUCUCGGCGCUGGCGGUUCUCAGCAUUCUGCUCAUCAUUCUGCUGGUGCUCUUCCUUCUGGUGCUGCGCAAGAAACACAUGGAGCUGAGCCGGGAGUGCGGCGCUGAAACCUUCGUGAAUUUCGCCUCUUUCGAGCGAGACGGGAAGCUGCCGUAUAACUGGCGCAGGAGUCUCUUUGCGUUCCUCACGCUUCUGCCAUCCUGCCUUUGGACUGACUAUCUUUUGGCCUUUUAUAUUAAUCCGUGGAGCAAAACGGCGCUGAAGAAGAGGAAACUAACCAGUCCCGUUCAGCUCAGUGAUUUCGAUGCUUACAUCAAAGACAUGAGCAAAGAUUCGGCGUACAAGUUCUCGCUGCAGUUCGAGGAGCUGAAGAGCAUCGGUCUGGAUCUGUCUCAUGAAGCGGCCGAUCUGCCUGUCAACAGACCCAAGAACCGCUACACCAACAUCCUGCCCUAUGAUUUCAGUCGAGUGAAGCUGAUCUCUCUGCACAACGAUGAAGGCUCUGAUUACAUCAAUGCAAACUUUAUUCCUGGUUAUAACUCUCCGCACGAGUUCAUCGCCAUGCAGGGGCCGCUGCCCGAGACCAGGAACGAUUUCUGGAAGAUGGUCCUGCAGCAGAAGUCUCACAUCAUCGUCAUGCUGACCCAGUGUAACGAGCGCAGGAGGGUGAAGUGUGACCACUACUGGCCGUUCACCGAGGAGCCUGUUGCAUACGGAGAGAUUACGGUCGAGAUGCUGUCGGAGACCGAUUCGCCCGAGUGGACCGUCAGAAACUUCAGACUGGGAUACGCUGAUGAAACUCAAGACGUUCUGCACUUUAACUACACCUCGUGGCCGGAUCACGGCGUGCCGACAGUCAACGCCAUCGAGAGCAUCUUACAGUUCGUUCAGAUUGUACGGCAGCAGGUCAACAGGACCAAAGGGCCCAUCGUGGUCCACUGUAAAUCUGGAGUGGGUCGCACCGGCUCCUUCAUCGCUCUGGACCGGCUGAUGCAGCACAUUCAGGAACACGAGUAUGUGGACGUCUUGGGACUGGUGUCAGACAUGCGCUCACACAGGCUCUCCAUGGUCCAAACCGAGGAGCAGUACGUGUUCAUCCAUCAGUGUGUCCUACUUAUGUGGAAAAAGAAGAAGCAGCAGACGCACACGAGUGACGUCAUCUACGAGAAUGUCAGCAAGUCCUAAUGAAG